AUGCAGUCGAAUGAGCUGUCAAAAGCGUCCGACGUGUACAGCUUCGGCAUGGUGAUGUACGAGGCGCUGACGUGGCGGUUGCCCUACCACACCAUCCCGAGCAUCGUGCUAUACAUACGUGUGAGGUACCCGGACGAGUGGCCCUUCAUCCCGGAGCCGCCCGUAAUUCCGCCGGAGGGCGACCUGCCCGGGUCACCCGGGGGGAUACGGCUGCAACUCUACAUCGAGUUAAUGAAGGAGUGCUGGGACCCCGACCCCGACAAGCGCCCGACGCUUGACCAGAUCGCAACGCGCCUGAAAGUGCAGCAGACAAUCACGGACAAGGCUGCACUCCUUACCAUCCAAGAGGCGCCCGCGGAGGGCGAGUCCGUGUCCACCUCCGCCCCCUCAAGCCUGCGCAGCAGCCUCGACAGCGGCGGCGGCGGCGGCGGCGGCGGCAGCGGCAGCGGCAGCAUCGACGCGGGGCCCUUCCCAGCGCAGGACAGCCCCUUCUUUUCGGACUGUGCUGCCACCCCGCCUACCGUGGUGCUGGCGGCUGCCGUCGACGGGAGGGCCGGGCGCCCCGCCGCGCCGGACGACAGCCCGUUCUUCGCCGCAGGGAUCCUGGAGGGCGACGCCAGCGCGGAGCCGCCGAGUCCGAAGGCCGGGGCAGGCGGCGCCGCCGGCAGCCCAGGCUCGCCCGCCGCCGACUUUGACAGCCCAUUUUUCAGCGGCCGCGCCAACGACACCGCCGAAGCCCCGCCCGACGCCGCCAUGGGCGACCUGCAACCGGGCGGCAGCCCCAGCGCCCCGGCCGCCGCAGCAAACAGCCCUUUCUGUGCAGCGGAGGGGCCAGCGACCGCCGCGGACAGUCCGUUUUUCGGCGCCUUUGGCGCGGCGAGGGGAGCGGGCGGGCUGGAUUCAGAAGACUCGACGGGCACCUAG